AUGCACUUCUCAGCCAGCGCAACCUUCGCCUUGGGGCUGAUGGCCACGCAAGCCGCGGCGAGGGGCAUCGUCAAGGUGCCAAAGUACUACGCAGCAGCCGGAACCCCGACCUACACGAUCACUCUCGCCGCCCCCACGACGACCUUUCCCACGAUCUACGCGCAGCCGUCGGUGACCUCGUCAUCGACCUCGUCCUCGGCGACUGCCACCCCAACUGCCUCCUCCAACUCGACCCUGAGCGCCGACCUGCAGAGAGCCCUCGAACUCCACAACAUCUACCGCGCUGCCGUUGGCAACGCCAACUUGACCUGGGAUGACGACUUGGCCGCGAGCGCUCAGGUCUGGGCCAACCACUUGACGACUGUCGGCAGCCUGGUUCACGACUCGAACCCCGGCGGCCAGGGAGAGAACUUGGCUUCGCAGUCGGGCGGCACCACCACCUAUUUCACCAACGGUGUUCAGCUGUGGUUGGAUGAGAAGCCGCUGUAUGAUGGACAGCCCAUCCGCACCACUGGGUCGCCCAACUACUUGAACUAUGGUCACUACACUCAAGCCAUUUGGAAGAACACCCAGAAGGUCGGCUUGGCCAUGGCCACCGACUCCAAAGGUACCACAUUCGUGGUCGGACGUUACUUGCCUCCUGGAAACUACAUCGGCCAGCUGCCCUACUAA